AUGCCCGGACACCUGCAGGAAGGCUUCGGCUGCGUCGUGACCAACCGGUUCGACCAGCUCUUGGACGACGAGACCGACCCCUACGAGAUCUUGAAGGCGGCGGAGAGCAAGAAGAAAGAGGCGGCCGCUGCUGCUUCAACUAAAACUGCAGCUCAAGCAGCUAAGCAGCCGAAGAAAGAGUCUCAGAAGGACAGGAAAACACCGCUGCUGGACAAAAAGGAGGAGUCCCAGCCCCCUGCCCCACUGAAGAAAGAAGGUAUCAGACGAGUCGGCAGAAGACCGGAUCAGCAGGGUCACCAGCAGCAGGGGCAUCAACAGGGCCACCAGCAGCAAGGCCAUCAGCAGGGCCACCAGCAGCAGGGCCAGCAGCCGGGCCAGCCUGGUCCUCAGCAUCAAGGUGGACCAGUGGAGGGGCGGCCUAUCGACAAGAGGCCUGACCGGAGACCUCCUCGAGAGCGACGCUUCGACAAACCUGAGGAAAAGCCCGAAGGAGGGAGCGAGUUCUCUGCAGACAAGCCUUCUGGAGACAGGCCGCUGCGAGGGCGUGGUGGCAGCCGGGGUGGGCGCGGUGGGCGAGGACGGGGAAUGGGUCGUGGAGGAGAAGGUUUUGAUUCUCGUGGGAAGCGAGAUUUUGACAGACAUAGCGGCAAUGACAAAUCCAUCCAGAAGAGUGAUGAAAAGCGUGGUGGCACUGGUUCAAACACCUGGGGAACUGUAAAGGAUGAGAUCAGUGAGACUGAACCCACACCUGCUCCUGAGACCACCCUCGAGGGAGAGGAGAGUGUUCCUGCUGGUUCUGAAAACAAAGAAAAUGAGGUCGAAGAAGUGAAGAAUGAAGGCCCCAAAGAGAUGACACUAGAUGAGUGGAAGGCCAUGCAAGAUAAGGAGCGCACCAAAGUAGAGUUCAACAUCCGCAAACCCAACGAAGGAGCCGACAGCCAGUGGAAGAAAGGAUACGUGCUGCACAAGUCCAAGAGUGAAGAUAGGCCAGUUGGAGCUUUGAUUGACCCUCCUGAAGCUGAAGUAGAAGCAAACACUCUUUACCAAAAGGGCACUCUUGAUGAAUCUAUUGAUCAUCAUUUCCGCAAACCAGCUAAUGACAUCACAUCCCAGCUUGAAAUCAACUUUGGAGACUUGGGUCGUCCUGGGCGCGGGCGUGGAGGAGCUCGCGGAGGCAGGGGCAGCCGUGGCGGGGGAAGCAGCAGACCAGUGCGAGGGGGUGGACGCUCUGAGAAGGCCAGCGGUGUCUCAGUCCCUAAUGUUGAUGACCCUGAAGCCUUCCCAGCUCUGGCCUAG